GCUACGUGAGCCGGAAUACAGCGCGAGCUGUUACUCCCACGCGCCUCUGACAAGUUCAUUCAGCACCACAGCAACUGAACAGCGACAGCGGCGUGCACGCCAGUCACGGAGACGGGAACUCUUUAUUUAAAAGCCGUAUAGCUGUCAUUUUGACAGCGUACAGAUUCAAAGUUCAGUUGUAUAUCUAAUCUCAUUCAUACGCCUCGCGCGCUUAUGUGGAUUAUUUAUGUUUACUGAAGGAAUACCCUAUAACGGAACGUAAAAACUGAUGUGAUUGAGAGAAACAUCCCACUGUGUAACAUGCUGUUUUCGCGGUUCCUCGUUUGCCCUAAAUCAUGAAAUACUUUGAGACUGAUUGUUGUUCCGAAAGAACAAACAUCAACAGAAAGAUGCAGAAUCGCGAGCUCCUCAUGCCGAGGCAAGCGGUCCGCCACACCUGACUUGUUUUGCUCUGCCUCCGGUUGUGACAUGAAAACUCGGACCAGAAAGAAACGGAUAAAAGGGCGCAGAGCUACAAAAGCCCAUUUGGGUUUGCAAGGAAAGAUAUCAGAUUGAGGUGGGGGGCCAACACUUAACUCCGAGUGACAAUCACAGGCAUGGGUAGACUACACCAAAGAUCAAGAGAUGGUAGGAGGUCUUGCAACCUGUGGAGAUUCUUGCAACUAACUGGGCAGUGAUUUGAAAACUGUUGAUCAUUUAUAAAUGGUCGUGAUUUGGCUUGUUUGUUUUGUUUUUCUUAAUUCAAAUUAAUUUAUUCAUUUGAGGAAUUUUUGGUGCGUGUGGUUCCAAAGACGGGUGGAUGGAAUCCAAGAUUUAUGCGUUUUUUAUUUUGGGGAGAUAAAAGCACACUCUACUUGGGUAGUUACCCUGAUUUUGACCUUCUCGAAACAUGGGCUGCCUUCAAAGCGUCGCCUGCAAGCCACGCGUCAAACGCGAGGACAUCGUUGUUUACGAUGUCUCAGCGACGAUUGACCAUUGCCCGACAGUGAUUGAAGAGAAUUCACCCAUAGUACUCCGCUACAAAACCCCAUACUUCAAGGCCGCCGCCCGGGUAGUAAUGCCGCCGAUCCCUCGAAACGAGACUUGGGUGGUGGGUUGGAUCCAAGCGUGCACUCAGAUGGAAUUCUACAACACUUAUGGAGAUCUUGGCAUGUCAAGCUGGGAGCUGCCAGAUUUAAGAGAAGGACUGAUCAAAGCCAUCAGUGACUCAGACGGCGUGAGCUACCCAUGGUAUGGUAACACCACAGAAACGGUGACCCUCUCUGGCCCCACAUCCAAGUCGUCGCGCUUCGCUGUUAGCAUGAAUGACAACUUCUAUCCCAGCGUAACGUGGGCCAUACCAGUUAGUGAGAGCAAUGUGCCUUUGCUCACACACAUCAAACGGGACCAGAGCUUCACAACUUGGUUGGUGGCUCUGAACACUGCCACACAGGAGAAGAUACUCCUGCACACAGUGAAGUGGAGGAUGAAAGUUGACAUCACCACGGACCCCUCCAAGCCACUGGGCUCCAGAGCCAGACUCACUGGCCAGCUGCACCAGGACCAGCCCAAGAUGCUGACCCAUAUGGAGCCCAUCCCACCAAAUGCUCUGGGCAAACCCAAUGCUAAUGAUGCCCAAGUGCUGAUGUGGAGGCCCAAGAGAGGGCCUCCAUUGGUGGUGAUCCCCUCUAAGUAGCAGGGUGUGGGAAAACUAUGUGAACAAGAUACACAAGAUUUUAAUCAAUAGCAACAUGCAAGUCAAUUUGCCUUAA